UGUUUGCAUUGAAGCCUUACUGUUGAGUCAGGAUAACCUUACCUGCGAAGUCAUUCAACCGAUUGAAAUGCACACCAGUGUUAAAUGAUAGAGGUCUGCAUUUCUGUUGUGUCAUAUAUUCAGUAGUCAUUGAGUAAUCCUGCUGUGGUCUGAUGCUCUAGAGGAUUUCCAAUGGUGGAAUGACACAGCUAGCCAUUUAGCAAUUGCUACGCUAGGUCAUAGAUUUUGCUGUUUUGUCAACGCUGUCAAAGAUAACGAUGUAGCGAUAUGAUCAGUAACGUAAUAUCUACGUAGGCUAGCAACAUAUCUAGUAACAUAGAAACCGCAUUGUUCUCAGACGAAGGAUGCAUUUGGCAGAUUUCAUUGCUGGUUCCGUUGGAGGGGCCUUUGGAGUAGCUGUGGGCUAUCCAUUGGAUACAGUGAAGGUCAGAGUGCAGACACAACAAAGAUUCACAGGUGUCUGGCAUUGUAUCCUGUCCACCUGUAAAGAAGAAGGGAUCAGGGGCUUUUACAAAGGCAUGUCUAUGCCUGUUACCACAGUGUCUGUGAGCUCCUCGGUGGUCUUUGGUGUCUACAGAAAUGUUCUACAGUGCCUGUGUCAGCUGCGAUAUGGCAGUCGAGAGGCACCCCCGGGCAAACUCGACAUCUUCCUGUCAGGGCUGUCCGGUGGCGUUGCUCAGGUAUCAGUGAUGGCUCCAGCUGACAUUGUGAAAGUACGACUUCAGUGUCAGACAGAACCAUACAAGGUCACAGACCAACUGUACAAGCCCAAGUACCGUGGGCCCAUUCACUGCCUUUUCACCAUUGUCCGUGAAGAAGGUAUCUUGGGGCUCUACAAAGGAGCUGGAGCUCUGGCUCUACGUGACGGGCCUUCUUUCGCCACCUAUUUCCUCACCUACAACACAAUCUGUGGUUGGUUGACUCCUGAGAAUCAGAGCAAACCAGAGUGGAAGGUAGUGCUGUUUGCCGGCGGAGUGUCAGGGAUGUGUGGUUGGUGCUUUGGGACCCCGAUGGAUGUGAUCAAGGCUCGUCUGCAGAUGGACGGCAUGGGAGAAAGGAGAUACAGAGGCUUUUUCCACUGCAUCACGGUUAGCCUUCGCACCGAGGGACCAGGGGUCCUCUUCAAAGGCCUUGGGCUCAACUGUAUACGUGCCUUCCCUGUCAACAUGUCUGUUUUUGGUAUGUAUGAGCUGGUGGUGCACUUCCUACGCCCAGUCUCUUAAAAUUAGGCUUAGUGUCUGGAAGUAGGUCCACAAGGUAUUUUUACUUCUACUUUUACUAUAGGUAUUUGUAAUUUUACUUUCAAGACUUCCUUCCUGCCUCGAAGAAUGAGCUGUUUGGCAGUGCCAUUCAAUUUUACAAAACAAUGGACCUGGACUACCUCUCACCUUCAUGUGCCUAUAGCAAUAAUAUACUAGUGGAUAGGGAUGCACUAAUAUAUCGGACAGAGCUAGUACCUGCCAAUAUCAGCCAUGUUGACUGAUAUCAGCUAUUGGCAAAUUUAAGGGACAUUUACGUACUUGUUGCAGCAGCUGAUAUUUAUCUGUUGUGUUGCAUAAAUUCUGCAGUAGGCAAAUGGUAUGCUAUGACCUGAAAGACUUGAAAAUGGUUCAGUUCUUGUUUAAAUUAAUAUUUCUCUGCUAAAGGGUAUAAUUAACAACAAAAACUAAGUACACAAACAAAGAAAUCAAUAGUCGGUAUCAAUAUCGGCCCAGAAUUUCAGUCGAUGCAUCCCUAGUAGUGGAUCUUGGUAGUGUAGUGGAAGACUUUGCUGUGACUACCUCAUACAAUUUCACAUUUUUCUUUUUAAUAUUAGUAUUCAUAAGGUUCUCAUUUUAAGUUUGUUUAACAUGAUUUCAUUCACUGUGAUUUGUAAUGCUCUAACACAUAAUUUUAUCAUGUUUUAUUAGUCUGCUUGCUGAUGUUUGAUAUACUAUCUUAUAUCAGUGACCUCAGUUUGCUGACAUCAUUCACACUUGAUUUACCCUCAUCAUUUCAUACUUGAUUAUUAUAUAAUUACAUAUCUCAUUCCUGUUGACGUUACUGUACAUUCAUACUGAACAACAUGAAUAUAUCUUGAACUGUACUUUAAUUUAAUUGCAGAAUUAUUCAGCGAUGCCCAGUAUCGAGACAUAAAUUGUUAUGCUACAGUUGUAUCGCUCACUGUUGUCAAAAAAUAAUACACUUGUAAUCACAAACUGGACAUGAUAUGGUAAUUGGUACAUAACUGACUGAGAAAAGGAGUGCAGAGAUGAGAUAAUAUCAGUUAAGGGAAGAUAAUUGCGGAGAAAAUACUGGCAAUGGUAAUCCUCUCCUGAGCCAUUGCUGUUGUAGUAGUUAUAAAAUACCAUGGAACCAUCAGAUACCGAUUGAAAGAAAUGUACAGAUUGAUUGGUUAAUAUUUCCAAUAGAAUGAUUAUGUUGCAAUGGUUAGAUUUAGAAGAGUGAGGACUCUCAACUUUGCCACCACCCUUUCCUUUGAUGAGCAAUAGAAUAAAAUCUGUCCCAAUCUGUGAAUAAUGUCAAACUGUCUCUCUUUAGUGAACAGCUCACGAACACUUGCAUGUACAGUAUGUGAAACUAUAUGGUUUCAGGAAGGUCUUGUUCAUUCAAUUGUGGUAAAAUCAUGGAUCAUCCUUUCAUUUUACUACAUUACACAGAUUUCUCUUUGGGAUUUAUUUUACUGGUGGAUGAAUUAGUUUUAAGAGGAUGAAGCGAUCUUGUUUGGACUGUUGGACUGAUUUCCCUAAACAAUCCAUCUGCAUUUUUGGUAAUUUUCCUUUUGUGAAGAAAUAUACAAAGGAUUUAUAUGUAAAAGGGAUGAACCAAAUCAAUAUAUAAUUAAACCUAAUGUUACAUAUUUAUAAAACAUAUUUCAAACUUUCAAAUAAAAACUGUUGUAAAGGAUGGA